UAAGCUCAUUCAAAUCUCUAAUAACAAAACACUAUGGGGUCUUGAUUCGGCCAUUAAUGCUCUCUACCUUCUCUCCCUUCCCUUUCUACUCUUGCUUUUUUGUUUUUUCCUCCUUCUCUAUUCAUACCCUUUCAGUGUCUGCCCAUUUUUCUUCAUCUCGAGCUGCCGUCUGUUUCAUUUUUCCGGGAAGUUUUUAACAGCCGACUUAUUAAUGGGGAGUUUCUUCUGCUGAUGUUAAAACUCAUUUGAGACUCUUACUUUCCUGUAAAAGGGAAGCCUUUUGUUUGCUUUGUUAUCUCCUGUCUCCAGCAUCAACCUUACUUGAGCUCUGCAGCAUCCAUGGCGGACUAGCCUUGUUGAGUCUUUCCCCUCGUUUAUUGUUUUUGUUUUUUUUGGGAAAGAAAAAAGCCCUUAUUUGAGGAAAUGUUGAACGACGCCGUUUCUUCACUCAGCUUCUUCCUCUUCCUCGCCGUUUCAGUAGUGACUGCAGACCCGGCAUUCAACGACGACGUUUUGGGUCUCAUCGUUUUCAAGGCUGGGCUCGACGACCCCUACUCCAAGCUCGCCUCUUGGAACGCCGAAGACUACGAUCCCUGCAACUGGGCCGGAUGCGUAUGCGACCCGGGCAGCAAUCGGGUCACGGAGCUCCGGCUUGACGGCUUCUCUCUCUCCGGACACAUCGGCCGUGGCCUUCUCCGUCUCCAGUUCCUCCACACCUUAGUCCUCUCCAACAACAACCUCACCGGAACCCUAAACCCCGAGUUCCCUCACCUCGGAACCCUCCAGGUCCUCGAUUUCAGCGGCAAUAAUCUCUCGGGUCGGAUCCCAGACGGGUUCUUCGAGCAAUGCGGGUCGUUGAGGUCCGUUUCCCUCGCUAACAAUCAACUCACGGGUCCUCUUCCUGUCUCCCUCAGCUACUGUUCUACGCUCACCCAUCUUAACCUCUCAAGCAAUCAGAUUUCUGGGAGAUUGCCACGAGAAAUCUGGUUCCUCAAGAGCCUGAAAUCCCUAGACUUAUCUGUGAAUUUCCUCCAGGGAUUGCUCCCCGAUGGGAUCGGCGGUCUCUAUGAUCUCCGUGAGUUUAACUUAUCCAAAAACUGGUUUUCUGGUGAUAUUCCUUCCGACAUCGGAACAUGUUCUUCCUUGACAUCGCUUGACCUCAGCGACAAUUACUUCUCCGGGAGUCUUCCCAACUCAAUGAAAACCCUCGGCUCCUGCACCACGAUUCGCCUGCGAGGGAACUCUCUCAUCGGAGAAAUCCCUGAUUGGAUCGGUGAAAUGGCCUCUCUCGAGACUCUGGAUCUCUCCGCCAACAACUUCUCCGGCAAUGUCCCCUUGUCUCUCGGCAAUCUCGAGUUUUUGAAGGUGCUGAAUCUAUCCACAAACAUGCUCGCUGGGGAGAUCCCACAGACCAUCUCCAACUGCUCCAACUUGAUCUCCAUUGAUGUGAGCAAGAAUUCACUCACCGGGGAUGUGCUCAGGUGGAUGCUCAACCGAAACUCGGAAAGUUCCUCGCUUUCAAGAUUUAGCCUCGACAAAAGAUCAGGCAACGACACUUUCCUCUCCACGGUUGGGUUUCUUCAAAGCCUUCGGGUUCUAGAUCUGUCGUCGAAUGGGUUUUCCGGAGAGAUACCGUCUAACAUUUGGAUCCUCACAAGUUUGGUGCAGCUGAAUAUGUCGACCAACUCUCUGUUCGGUUCCAUACCGAGCGGCAUUGGAGGAUUGAAAGUCGCAGAGAUUCUUGAUCUCAGUAGUAAUCUUCUCAACGGAACACUUCCUUCUGAGAUGGGAGGAGCCGUCUCCCUGAAAAAACUUUAUCUGCAGAGAAACCGCCUUACCGGCCAGAUACCGGCUCAGAUCUCAAACUGCUCGGCUUUAAACGCAAUAGAUCUGUCGGAGAAUAAGCUAUCCGGUGGGAUUCCAGGGAGCAUUGGCAGUUUGAGCAACCUCGAUUACCUAGACUUGUCUAGGAACAAUCUCUCCGGAAGCUUACCCAAAGAAAUAGAGAAACUUUCGCACCUUGUCACCUUCAACAUCUCUCACAACAGCAUCACUGGGGAGCUUCCAUCUGGAGGUUUCUUUAACACCAUCCCUCUCUCUGCCGUCACCGGAAACCCAUCCCUCUGCGGCUCCGUCGUGAACCGCUCAUGUCUCUCUGUCCACCCCAAGCCAAUCGUCCUCAAUCCCAACUCCUCCAAUCCAGCAAAUGCUCCACCUCUCAGCGGUCAGAUCAGGAAGAGCGUCCUGAGCAUAUCCGCGCUCAUUGCGAUUGGCGCAGCCGCCUUCAUUGCCAUCGGAGUGGUGGCCGUCACUCUGCUCAACGUGCAUGCCCGAUCUAGCCUUUCCCGCCACGAUGCGGCUGCUGCUGCUGCUGCUCUGGCUUUUUCGGUUGGAGAAACAUUCAGCUGUUCGCCAAGUAAAGAUCAAGAAUUCGGGAAGCUGGUCAUGUUCUCAGGCGAAGCGGAUGUGUUUGACACCACGGGCGCAAAUGCAUUGCUCAACAAGGACUGCGAGCUGGGUCGUGGUGGGUUCGGAGUGGUCUACAAGACGCAUCUCCAGGAUGGGCGUCCUGUGGCAGUCAAGAAACUAACAGUCUCGGGUCUGAUUAAGUCGCAGGAGGAGUUCGAGAGAGAGAUGAGAAAACUCGGGAAGCUGAGGCACAGGAACGUGGUGGAGAUCAAAGGGUACUACUGGACGCAAUCGCUGCAGCUCCUGAUACACGAGUUUGUCUCAGGGGGAAGCUUGUACAGACAUCUCCAUGGGGACGAGAGCAUUUGCCUAACGUGGCGUCAACGCUUCAGCAUCAUUCUAGGGAUAGCGAGAGGUCUGGCCUAUCUGCACGGCAGUAACAUCACUCACUACAAUCUGAAAUCAACGAAUGUGCUUAUAGACGCCACAGGGGAGGCUAAAGUCUCUGACUUUGGGCUGGCCGGGCUCUUGGCGUCGACGCUAGACAGGUGCGUCUUGAGUGGCAAGGUACAGAGCGCGUUGGGGUACACAGCCCCGGAGUUUGCAUGCCGGACUGUCAAGAUAACCGAGAAGUGCGAUGUGUACGGGUUUGGGAUCUUGGUGCUAGAGGUGGUGACGGGGAAGAGGCCGGUGGAGUAUGCGGAGGACGACGUGGUGGUGCUGUGUGAGACGGUGAGGGAGGGAUUAGAGGAAGGGAGGGUGGAGGAAUGCGUUGACGGUCGGCUGAGAGGAAACUUUCCGGCGGAGGAGGCAAUACCGGUGAUAAAACUAGGGUUGGUAUGUGGGUCACAAGUGCCGUCGAAUAGGCCGGAGAUGGAGGAAGUGGUUAAGAUAUUAGAGCUCAUACAGUGCCCCUCUCACGACUUGGAGUGACAAACGGAACGAUCCUUGUCUGUAUUUCUUUUAUUCCUUCUUCAGCUUUCAUAUAAUGGUAAUAUAUAGUUCAUCUUUUCUAUGAAAAGGAAAAAUUGCUUUGUUUUCUUGUGAGUUCACCAGCUGACUUGUGGACUCUUUACACACUUGGGGAUUUCAUUGCAGUUAAUCAAAAA